UUACUUCUAUGCUUGUCAUUAUUCUGAGGAUUAGACAUUAAAAUUUAUAUGCACUAUCAAAUUGACAAAAUAAUUACCAAAAAGGUCGAAAUAUGCACAAAAUACGUAUGAUAAAACGCUAUAACUAUGGCUAUAACCUUAUAACCAAUUGUAGUUUUGAUGACAACGUACCUACAAUAAAAUAUAUUUCUAGAUUUAAUAAACUAAAAUUGUAAAGUUUGUAUCUAAAUUAUACCAAUUUUUAAGGUAAAAAUAACCCAGACACGUCAACUUACAGGAAACGUGGUGCCAUUUCUGUCUUGAGCCAUUGAUAACAGAGUUUUACAUAAAACACAAUUUAAUUUAUCACGGAAUCGUUCCGAUAGUGAACUCGGAAGAUCAUUACUCUGUUUAAUAUUUUUUACACGUCUAACACACCUAACUAAUUUCUCUAAAAUGAACUAUUAAAUUAAGUUUAAAAUUUUCAAAUAGACCUAAAAUUAUUUUAUUCAAGAAAUAAUUCGUAAAUCUUUGCACAUUUCCGCCCGUAACUCGCGAGUCAAGUAUAAAACGAAUUAUUCGAAGCUGUUUUCUUGGUCAGGGAUGCAUCUAGACAGCCUUUACAGUUAUUUUUUUAUUCUCCAGACUAUAGUUUAAAGUUAGCUAUUCACAGAUAUAUAAUAAUUAUGGUUCGCGUAGUUAAUGUUGCAGUUUCCAAUCUUAAUCGCUCAAUUCGCAAUGUUGAAUUGAAAACAGAUAAAAUAAAACAAGAAAUAAUACAAAUGCAGACAGUUAUUGAAAAUAUUCAACAUCAAAUGGAUUCAGAGAAAUAUCAAAAAGAUGCUCUAUCAAACGAAGUUGACAAAUGUUACAUAGAACUGAAUCAUUUACGAAUAGAAUCGGACCACAAACUUGCCUCGGUGUGGCAAUUACGGGCAGAUUUAAGCGAAGCAACGAAAUUUGUUGCCGAAUCCUGUGAUGCGAGAACCUUGUUGAUUAAAGCUACAGACAUUGAUUUAGCACACACUCUUAAUUCACACAAUCAGCAACAUUCUGAAAAUGUUUUAUUAAAUCGUAAAAAAAUUGAAAAAUAUCUAGAGAGACGUGAAAAGGCAAUUACAAAACGAAAAAACUUAUUAGAAAAACCCGAGAAGGAUAGCGAAUUCAUUCGUAUAAAAGAAGCUCUUAGCUAUUCGGAACAAAUGGUUGCAAAUGUUAAGAAUCAAGAAGUAUAAUGGAAUAUGCACCGACGUGAUGCAUUAUACUUAG